CAGGCUAAGUCGGCCGCUCUAUAGCGAAGAGAAAGCAUGCAAUGUGCUAGCCUGUUGGAUAUUGCUUGAGUGAGACGUGUACGCCAACAACUUCAACAAGGAUAAGAUAUAGCUGUCGGGCACAAGUUCCGAGACCGCGUCUUUCCGCAGUGGCGGACCAGCCGCACGUUUGCCACGAAACCGGAAAUCUAGGACCAUGAUCUAGGCACCGAGGUCCUGCAGGCUCGGACGCCACCUGAUCCUCAGGCUUGGGAUCCCUCUGCUCUUGACCACAACUGUCGUCGACAUUGCGUCGACAGCUUAGGACAGGACGGAUUCCGAAAACAUCCACUUACUCGAGGUCAAGCUCGACCCUGUACAUUGCAAUGGAGAUCUACAUCAAGCACAUUCCCCAAUGCGCCUUGUGGCAAAUCCAAGCCGAGCUCGCGGGUGUCCUUCAUAACGAUUACUUGCUGCAGCAUACUGGCGUACCUGUAAAUUUUGAUCUACACUUGAUCCCCUCGAAGACCAUUCCAGGUCAACAUGCAGGCUACGGCUUUCUUACCGUCCCUACGUAUGAAGUCGGCGAACUCUUUCUUGAGCAAGUCGAGGGUAAACAUGCUCCGACCAAGAUUUCCAUCCACGGACGGAGGUUAUGGUUCACUCAGAGCAAUAGUGACCCUCGACCCGACACUGUACAGAAUAUCACACGGUUACCGUAUAUCGACGCCGACGCCGUUCGGCGAAAGCAAGAGCUGGAGGAAGAGCUGCACAUCAAUACAGUCUCUCUUUCCAUGAUCCAGUUCGGAUGGGAGACCAGGGAUAGACCGUCCCGUUACUCCGUCGAGUGGGAGCGUUCGUUUGAUUGGGACUGCAGUCUCACCUUUGGCGGCGAACGUCGUGAGAUGCGCAUCGAGCUGUAUGGAGAGGACUACACACAUUCGAUCGUGAUUCAUCUAUCGCAUAUCGAGCACAGUAUGGCGGGUUCCGACCGCUCUGGACAGCCCAUCAUUUUCCUCCGCCUUUUCAGGCCCCCUUCCUUCGAGCGGAAGAUCUCGCUCGCCCAACAGAUCGCGAGAGGAACCAAGCGCAACGCGAUCAAGAGCGAGCGCCUUUGCUCCUUCGAUCCCCUCGAUCCGCAUCACGCUCGCGUCAUCCCGUACACAUCUAUAGCCAUUCGUUUGGUCUGUCGAGAUCACGGAGGUCCCGAGCUGUUCCAAUAUCUCUGCUCGAAAGUCCGUCUUCGACGCCCUGACGUGGCUCCACACUCCUUUCCCGCCCCUGUUACGAACCUAGGACUUUUCUCUCUUUUAAACUUCAGGAAGUACGAGAGAUGGAUCAAGCAUGUCCAUUGGCGCGUUGCUUUCCAAGUGGAGAGCAUGUUACGCAGCCUUGUCGCCAGUCUUCGCGAUAUCCUGGACAUCCGAUCACGUAUCCUCUCUCUUGAACAAGACAUGGGUCCCCUUUACGCUGCCGACCUUCUCCGACGCUUCAGCGCACGGCUCAAAAUUGACAUGUGGGGUUCGAACCAGGACCUCCCCGUUGAGUCAUUCUUUAACUACUACCGACGCAUGGAAGCGCAGCUCAUCGAAUCAAUGCCGGAGAUACCACCUUCGCCGUUCCUCAAUGACCCGGGCGUCUUUGAAUCGUUCCACAUCGCCGUCACGCCUACAAUAAUGGCUCUCGAAGGCCCCCUUCCCGAGCGUUCGAACCGAGUUAUGCGCAUGUAUCCCAAGGACCACGAUUGUUUCCUUCGCGUUAGCUUCAUGGACGAGAACCGCCUCCAAUACCGAAGUAAUAGGGAUAUUGACGGGCCGUUGUUCAUCAACUCCUGGAUCACGCGCAUUCUCCAUGAAGGAAUGGUAGUCGCGGGACGCAAAUUCCGCUUUCUGGGGUACUCGCAGUCUGCACUCAAGUCUCAUACUGUCUGGUUCGUCCUCGAUGACCCGGAGAGGCCAGAAUUGCGCGUCGAGAACAUCAUCAGGGGACUCGGGCAGUUUGAUAAUCUGAAAUACGACCGGCAGCUCAUCUACUGCCCUGCCCGCUACGGUGCCCGUAUAUCUCAGGCAUUCACCGCGACGGAUCCGUCCAUCGUUGUCCGGGCAGAGGAGGUAUUUCUCCUGGAGGACAUCAAACGCGGCCAAUGGUGCUUCACGGAAGGAGUAGGCACACUCUCACGAGCCAUGGCAAAAGCCAUCUCCAAGACCUUAAAGGACAGUGGGAAACGAGCCUUCCGACGACUGACAACUCACCCAGGCGCUUUCCAGGUGCGCUUCCAAGGGAGCAAAGGCGUAGUCACCGUCGACCCCAGAUUACGCGGCAACGCUAUCUGCGUACGACCUUCAAUGAUCAAGUUCGAGGCACCUGAGUCGUUGGACGUCGAGAUCGCCCAGGCUUUCGACAGGCCGAGCAAAUACUACCUCAAUCGUCCAUUGAUCAUGAUCCUCGAAGCCCUUGGUGUUCCGUACCGGGUGUUCGACAGGCUACAGACGAGGGCGAUCACGCAGGUUCACAAGGCCUCUCGCUCGCUCCGUGGACUGGCUGAAAUCAUGGAAGCGUACGGUCUAGGAACCUCGUAUCGUCUUCCCUCCAUAUUUCUCAGCCUCUCUAAACUUCAUGUCGAGGCACCUCCCGAUGAUAGUUUCUUUCACCGAGUGAACGACUUCACCGUCCAUCAUAUCCUUCGAGACCUCAAACACCAUGCGAGGAUUCCUCUUGAUCGUCAUGGAUGGACUCUCGUCGGCGUGGCCGACAUACACGGCUGGUUGCGCGAGAAAGAAGUAUACGCUUAUAUCCGUCUUCCGGAUGGUGAAGCGUUUUACUUGGAAGGGCGGGUGAUGGUCUCGAGGUCCCCAACGAUACAUCCUGGGGAUGUCCAAGUUCUGACGGCUGUUAAACCACCACACGGAAGUAUCUACCUGCGUGAGCCUCUCGCAAAUACUCUGGUAUUUUCUAUCCAAGGUACUAGGCCGGUAUAUACUGGCCUCGGUGGAGGGGACCUAGACGGGGACCUUUACAACGUCACAACCCUGCGAGAGCUUAUGCCUCCGAAGAACUACCAUCCGGCAAAUUAUGAUCCAGCGGUGAAGAGGAUUCUGGACCGUCGGAGCACAAUACACGAUAUCGCAGACUUUGUCGCGGAUUAUAUCAACAGCGAUAUCAUCGGACUUGUUGCCAUCAACUGGCUCAUCAUCGCCGACCAAAGCCCCCAAGGGAUUUUCGACCCCGACUGCCUUUCGCUAUGCGAACUCCACAGCAAUGCUGUUGAUUACCCGAAGAGCGGGAACCCUGUGUCGGCCAAAGCUAUCCCCUUCCUGAAGUUCAGUGCGAAGCCCGAUUGGAAUGCACCGGAGACGGUCGACCUGAAGGAUACGGCGAAUUAUUACCAGAGCGAAAAGGCCAUAGGAAGACUUUUCCGCGCCGUGACCCUUCCUGAUCUGAACGUGGACGGGGGCAACUUCGAGUUCAAUCGCCAAUUGGGGCAUACACCCGAGGCCGACUUGGACGAGGUGUUUGCGAAGCUCUGCAUGGAGAACGAGGAGUAUGACGAUCCAUGGAACGACGCCGUCAAGAACCGUGUGGCACAAUUCAUAGACGUCGAACCCGACAGCGCUUUCGUUGGACCAGCCGUAGAACUCCUCAACAGCUACGUCGUCGACCUCGCGUCGACGUGCGCCAACAACACGAUUUCUACCCAUCGGUUGUCCAUGCUUUCCGAGGAAGAGGCUAUCGUUGGUACAAUUGUGGCGAAGUGUUCGCAGAAGAACCGUAGGAAGGAAUGCAUGGCAAAGUUACGAGAGCAGACAGAGGGUUUGGUGAAGGGUAUCAGAGCCGGUCUGAUAGACAAUACUCCACUACCGUCGUCAGUAGAAGACAACGAGGACGAAGAGGCACAGGAGGAUGCGGUUCUGAAGAACUGGCUAGCUCAAGCAUGGGCAGCGUGGCAAGUUUCGAGGGUUGAGGAUGCGUUCGGGUGUACGAGCUUUGGUUGGAUCGCGUUGGGUGACGUGUUCGACGCUAUAAAGGCAAUUGAGCAACGAGAAGUGGACAGAGCUCAUGGUUCGAAUAUGUAGCAUUUAUCUACGGCCAUGUAUCGUUAGAAUCUGUAGUGGCUCUUGCGUUGUUGUUGUACAGAUUAGCGAAUGACUACGAUGUGAUUUGAAG